UGACACAGAUUCUAGAACCUUCACAGGCCAAACUCUCAUCAUUUGCUUAGGUCUGAUCAAUCUGCUCCACACAAUUUCUCAGUGAUCCUCUGCAUCUCUGCCUACAAGGGCCUCCCUGACACCCAAGUUCAUAUUGCUCAGAAACAGUGAACUUGAGUUUUUCGUUUUAUCUUGAUCUCUCUCUGACAAAGAAAUCCAGAUGAUGCGAGACCUGCUGAAGACAAUACGUGGAAAAUGACAGUCUUGGAAAUAACUUUGGCUGUCAUCCUGACACUAUUGGGACUUGCCAUUCUGGCUAUUUUGUUAACAAGAUGGGCACGACGUAAGCAAAGUGAAAUGUAUAUCUCCAGAUAUGAUUCAGAACAAAGUGCUCGACUUCUGGACUAUGAGGAUGGUAGAGGAUCCCGACAUGCAUAUUCAACAGAAAGUGACACUUCGUAUGAUAACCGAGAGGGAUCCAAAAGAGAUCACACACCAUCAGCCAACUCUCUAGCACUGUCUCGAUCAAGUAUUGCUUUACCUCGAGGAUCCAUGAGUGGUAUAAAAUGUUUAAAAACAGCUGAAGAACCUCCAUCCAGAACUGCAGGAGCCAUUAUGCAAUUCACAGCCCCUAUUCCCGGAGCUACAGGACCUAUCAAGCUCUCUCAAAAAACCAUUGUGCAAACUCCAGGACCUAUUGUUCAAGACCAGCCUGGCCAACAUGCUGGUCCACCUUCAGCACCCCACGGUCCACCCGUGGCACCCAUAAUAAUUUCGCAGAGAACCGCAAGUCAGCUGGCAGCACCUAUAAUAAUUUCACGGAGAACUGCAAGAAUACCUCAAGUUCACACUAUGGACAGUUCUGGAAAAAUCACACUGACUCCUGUGGUUAUAUUAACAGGUUACAUGGAUGAAGAACUUGCAAAAAAAUCUUGUUCCAAAAUCCAGAUUCUAAAAUGUGGAGGCACUGCAAAGUCUCAGAAUAGCCGAGAAGAAAACAAGGAAGCACUAAAGAAUGACAUCAUAUUUAUGAAUUCUGUUGAAUCCUUGAAAUCAGCACACAUAAAGGAGCCAGAAAGAGAAGGAAAAGGCACUGAUUUAGAGAAAGACAAAACAGGAAUGGAGGUCAAGGUAGACAGUGACGCUGGAAUACCAAAAAGACAGGAAACCCAAUUAAAAAUCAGUGAGAUGAGUGUACCACAAGGACAGGGAGCCCAAAUAAAGAAAAGUGUGUCGGGUGUACCAAGAGGACAGGAGUCCCAAGUAAAGAAGAGUGAGUCAGGUGUCCCAAAAAGACAAGAAGCCCAGGUAACGAAGAGUGGAUUGAUUGUACUGAAAGGACAGGAAGCCCAGGUAGAGAAGAGUGAGAUGGGUGUGCCAAGAAGACAGGUAGCCCAAGUAAAGAGUGAGUCGGGUGUCCCAAAGGGACAGGAAGCCCAGGUAAAACAGCAUGAGUCAGUUGUACUGAAAGGACAGGAAGCCCAGGUAGAGACGAGUGAGUUGAAGGUACCAAAAGGACAAGAAGGCCAAGUAGAGAAGAGUGAGGCAGAUGUGCCAAAGGAACAGGAGGUCCAAGAAAAGAAGAGUGAGGCUGGUGUACUGAAAGGACCAGAAUCCCAAGUAAAGAACACUGAGGUGAGUGUACCAGAAACACUGGAAUCCCAAGUAAAGAAGAGUGAGUCAGGUGUACUAAAAGGACAGGAAGCCCAAGAAAAGAAGGAGAGUUUUGAGGAUAAAGGAAAUAAUGAUAAAGAAAAGGAGAGAGAUGCAGAGAAAGAUCCAAAUAAAAAAGAAAAAGGUGAUAAAAACAAAAAAGGUGACAAAGGAAAGGACAAAGUUAAAGGAAAGAGAGAAUCAGAAAAAUCGAAAGACUCGAAAAGGGCGAAGUCAAGUAAAGGAAGGAAGUACAACAAAAAAGUGGAAGAGUAAGGAUAAAUUUUUUAAAGGCCCAUAAGACAAGUGAUUAUUAUGAUUCCCAUCCUCCAGAUACAAACCAUAUCCCAGCCAUUGCCUAAGCAGAUUAUAAUUAUAAAAUCCCUUUCAUCUUCAUAUCACAGUUUCUGCUCUUCAGAAGUUUCACCCUUUUUAAUCUUCUAGCCACAAACUUCAGUUUCCAAAUAUUUGUUUUAUAAGUUAAAACAUAUAUGAUUCCGUCAAGAAAGACUGGAUACUUUCUGAAAUAAAACAUUUUAAUUAAAGAAA